UCAACAACAGACAACAAUAACAUAAUUUCCUCAGUUCACAGAAUGGAUGAGUUGUUCCAGUGCGGCUGCGAUGGCCUAAGUGCCGCUCUGCGCUUUUUACAAUCCAUAGGAUUUGCCGAGAUACGGCAGACCCUGGAGCUGGUGGGUGUCCAUCACGUUGAGGUUGCAGGAGGUUUAUUAUUAUUCGUCCUGCUGCAGUUCACAAAAUUCACCGCAGUCCUUUUGUUGGCCUGCCUAAUAGGCUAUGCUAUAUUUUACAUGUGGGAUACCUGGUUUCCGGAAGUACGACAAUCUCUGGCGGUUAAUAGCCCGAUGACGUACCACUCUGGCUUUAGCCCUGGCUACGGACCGCUUUAUGAAUCACUUAACACUAAUAAUCGAGAUGCCCGCACAUCCGCCCUAUUUCCACCAUUCGGAAACAAUGAAAGCCUAAAUGCAUUACAAGGCUCGGUGACCAGUGAGCAGGAAGCGACACCAGCUGCACCAAGCCGACGGAGCCCUAGUCGAUCUGGAAAUGCUACACCCAUUGGAUAUCAGGCCUCAAGUGCCAAUUUUCGACCACAUCGGCGACAGUUUCCCAAUCAAUUUGACGAAUACAAACGCCAUCCAAUGGAGCGGGAUAACCAACUCUUUCGUAGAAUGAUUGCGAACGAGUAUCGAUUAUAUCGUCCAGGGACUGCCACGGAGCAUCAGCGAUACUCAAUUCAGCGGGAAGAUCCGAGAUCGAGGCGAUUGCCAGCCCCAUCCGAGGAGGCUAGACAACAGAAGAAUCGACGUUUCGCUGACAACAGAUCCGCUCCACAAGGCAGACAGAAUGCGAACGAUUCGCGCAGGACUCGUCAUAUCCCAGGAACCGCUGAUCGUUCCGGCGGUGCCGACACGUCGCACAACAACACCGAUUAUAGAGGAGCAAAAAGACGAUCAGAUUUUAUCAGUUUCAAUAAGUUCAAAUUAAAUCGUUGGGGUCUAUGAUAUGGAUAAAGUCAAUGUGGAAACGCCUUGCAAUAAGGAUUCGGAAACGCUGAGUCUUAAACCGAGCCAAUGUGAUUGUGAUGAUGAGGAUGAAAAGUCUUCUGAUGGCCAACCUGAAAAUGAGACAACGACAACAGCUAUCAAAGCCAGUGGCAGUUAUCCAUACGUUAUCGAGAUGGUCUAUGACAGCAGCAGUGAGAAUUUGGUAACUGAAAAAGCGGCUAAGAGUGAAAAGAAACAAGUGAUGACACCUAAAGAUAGUGACGAGGAGAUAAAUAAGCCAUAAACUGCCAAGUAGUCCCUCCGAAAAAUAUCCUUAUACUAUGGCAACUCCAGGAGAGAGCAAAAUUGUAAUAAAAUAUAUGAUUGAUAUACAAAUUUAUAGUUACUCAUGAUUAUGUUCGAGGAUACAAAUUAAUAAAUUUAAUUCGUAAACAGUCACGA